AUGUCAUUAGGAAAUGAAGGAGCUAUUGUAAAAGCCAAUACAAAAAUCAAACUAGGCCAAGAAAUAACAGUAAACUAUGGGCCACACUAUUUCGGACAAAACAAUUCAGAAUGUAUGUGUCACUCGUGUGAGAUUAAACAAACAGGACAUUUUCAAGAAGCAACAGAACAAGGUGCCUGUUGCAUAAAUCCGAAUUCAGACUGCAGUGAAGAUAAUUCAGAAAACGAACCCAGAGAAGAUGUGUUUACAUGCAAUUUAUGUGGACAAAAUUUUUUAUACAAAUGUUGGCUAAGUAGACACAUUGCUUCACAUAUAGCCCCAAUCCACACGUCAUGUGAACAAUGCGAUCGGGUUUUCAAAAGAAAAGAUACACUACAAAGACAUAUCAAAACUGUUCAUCUAAAAGUGAGUCAUUCUUGUGAUAUUUGCGGUCAAAAGUUUAGCACAAGUCACAGCAAAAUAAGGCACAUCGACAGGGUUCAUAUCGAAGAGGAUACCACAGUCCACUGUCCAAAAUGUCCUAUCUUCUCUGGGUACGAUUUCUGA